CAGUCGAGACAAUCACACUCUUCGUGCUCUCCGCCAUCUUCUCUUCUCCUCUCUUCUUUCCUCUUGUCAAAUUUUCAGAUCUGUUUCAUUUUUUCUGUUCCUUUUGAUCCCAUGGCUUCUUUCACUGCUUCCUCUGUUUCUAUCUCCUCCGCCUUUUGCUCCUUCAACCAAACCAAGGGUUCUAGUUUGAGGAAGGCCUCAGUUUCCUUCAGCGGAAAGAGCUUCCCUUCUCAAAGGCUUCCGUUGCCUCGUUUCAGAAUUUCCUGCGCGGCCAAACCUGAGACAGUCAGUAAAGUGGUUGAAAUCGUAAAGAAGCAAUUGGCUCUUCCUGAUGAUCGACAGGUCUCUGGAGACUCGAAGUUUCAAGUGCUUGGUGCUGAUUCUCUUGACACGGUUGAGAUUGUGAUGGGACUGGAAGAGGAGUUCGGGAUAUGCGUUGAGGAAGAGAGUGCUCAGAGCAUCACGACCGUUCAAGAAGCAGCAGAUCUCAUCGAGGAGCUCCUGGAGAAGAAAUGAUGAACCAGCUUCAUCUUGUAGGUUUGUGCUUGGUACGAGGCACUUGGUUAGAGAGGGAAAAAACACGAUAAUCUAUCAAGCUUUUGCUUUAUUAAUCAAAAUGAACUGGCUGUUUUCGUUUGCAGUUGUCUGUUCUUACUUCCGAUGGAACGAUGUUUAGUAUCAUCUGAAUGCAAUCUUAAUUAUUGGGAAAGAUCCAAUUUUUCUUCUCUCA